CACGACGGCAGCCCUUGUCCGGCACGGUCGUCUUCAGGGUCGAGCUGUGGCAGGCACGGCCCCCGCUGGAUGGGCUCUGGCGCCGCCGCCUAGGGGAGUCCGGCAGACGGCGCUGAGCUUGAGGGCGGCCGGAGACGCCCCCCAGCGCCCCGACCCGGUACCUGCCGGGGGCGGGCGGCGCGAGGGGCGCGCGGCGCGAGAGGCGGGCACCGAGCGCGUGAGUCACUCGGCUCCCCGGGGCUCGGAGCGGGACUUCGCCUCCCGCCUGGGGUCUAAUUUCAUCUCCAGCUUCGGCGACUCAACCCUGAAUACCUGCCCCUCCUGAGGGGGGACCAGCGUUCUUCCGUCUAGGUGACGGCCAGGUGGCAGAUGCUCUACCGUAGCCGGAGUUGGGAUCUUGGAGCCAGCCCAGGACCUGCCGGAGCUGUAAGGGCCGAGCUGCAGUUCCCCGUGAGCCGCGUGGACCGCCUCCUGCGAGAGCGUCAGGGCACCCAGCGCCUGAGCUCAGCCACACCGGUGUUCCUGACCGCAGUCCUUGAGUACCUGACGGCCAACAUCCUGGACCUGGCGGGGAAGGAGGCCGGCGCCAGCCACAGGAUGCGCAUCAGCCCAGAACACGUGCAGAGGGCGCUGAUCAACAAUGAGAAUCUCUGCCACCUCUUCGAGCCCAACGCCUUCUCUCAGCCCGCAUCUGCACCAACCCCUCGCAAGAGGAAGUAGGGAUGCCCAGGCCCCCAAGUCCAGCCACACCUCAUCAGUAGCUUCAUCUCACCCCAAACUGCCCACAGAUGAGGGAGG